UAAGAGGACGCAUUGACCUCAUCUCACACAAAUUACGACUGAUUGUAAAAACAAGAUAUAAAAAGAAAAAAAAAAAAAAAAUCAAAUAAAUCGUUACACUGAGCUAGAAACUCCCGUCUUCUGAUAAGAAGCAAGGUUCUCAGCCUUUUCCAUUCCCUCUGCUUCCUUCAGCCAUCCAUGAGUGCGAGCAAUUCUUCUGCUUACCGAUCGGAGCGGAGUUUCCAUCAGACGUCGUCCUCGUCGUCCUCCAGUAAUCCUUACAUGGAGAAGAGUCACGGGAUGUUUUCCGAGGAUUUUGGCCCCUUCAUGAGGCCUGGGAGCGACAGCGGCUUUUCUCGUGGAAGUGGGAAAAUUAAAGCACUUGGGGAUUCCUAUCAGUUUACUGUUGACGUUCGGGACUUCUCCCCUGAAGAUGUCAUUGUCACCACAUCCAACAAUCAAAUUGAAGUCCGUGCGGAAAAGUUGGCCAAGGAUGGUUCCGUGAUGAACACAUUCACCCACAAGUGUCAACUACCUGAGGAUGUGGACCCGACCUCUGUGACAUCAUCACUGGGUGCAGAGGGGACUCUAACAGUUCGGGCGCGGCGACACCCGGCCAAACAUGAGCAUGCACAGACCUUCCGCACAGAAAUUAAGAUUUAGACAUGGAUCUACACAAACACACUCCAUUCUAAAAUGAAAUGUGCUCUUGAAAUGAAUGCUUGUCAUGUAUUGUAAUUCUAUACUAUCAGCUGUGUGAGUAGAUGUCUCAUGUGCUUGUGUUGUCAUCAAGAGCCAUGUAAUAUAUCCUGUUCAUCAAAAAUACUCAAACAGCUAAAUUGAAAGAUGAGGUCUUUUAGAAAUUGAAGUAAUUUUCGGACUAUAAACCGCUACUUUUUUUCUUCUUCUUGAAUCCUGUGGCUUAUAUUCCAGUACGGCUUGUUUGUUGAUUUAUUUGGGUUGAUAGGUAACACAUGCCUCCAAGCAUGCAUUGUAAAUAACAAUCAAAAUUCAUGUUCUGUGCUAUUUAUUGAGUUACUGUUCCAAUUGUUUCAUUAAUCACUGGUUAUGGUAUUUGGUGACACUUAAUUGGACAGCGGCGUCAUAAGAUUUUCUUAAAACUGUCAUAAUUAUGACAUGACAGUCCAGAGGUUGCGCUAGACUUUUUCGUUGUCUGUCAUUUUGACUGACAGGGUCAUAAAAAUCCGGUCAUAAUCUAUUUUUACCCGUCACUUAAAUUUUUUAAAUGAUGAUAAUGACAUUGUGGUGACCCUUUGUUUGGCAUAAUUCACGUUCCGUACUUGUGUGUCCAUUUGGCCGAGCGCGUUACCGGCUACGACACAGUCACGUGACAGAGACACUUAAGAGCCGCGCGCGUUCCGGCUUGAAUAGAGAGUUCACAGAGAGCAGCAGAGCUACAGCGGCUGGAUACAGCAAUUCGAGCUAACAAGACUCUUAACAUUGCAUACCGCUUCAACAUAUUCAAUAGUAUUUAGUUUUCAUUCAUUUUAAAUUAAUAUUCUGUCCGAACAAGCUUAACAGAGAAUCCACACCGUGCCAUCACACAUCAAGCAGAUGAAUAUGUAACUUUUUCUCCGCAGUGACAAAAACAGCUGACUGUGGCCCCAGUCGGUAGGCUACAUUAAGGAACAAUGAAAUUAACAGUUCACCUGCUGUGGCCUGAACGGAGUCUUACACCUUCCUCCUGGUGCGCAUGGACUUGAAUUGCGUGCCCGCUUGUGCAGUCCCUCUUUUUUCACCUCUUUUAUCAACACCAUCGUCGUUUUGGGGCUUUUUGAAGAAACUUCGGACACUCAGUUGCCUUGACAUUUUUCAGAGUAAGGCCAACGACGUCAUGCAUCAAGAGAGACAAUAGCUAAUUAAUAUGCUCAGUCGCCACCCUGUGGUCUGGGGUGUGAAUUGCAACCUGUCAAAAUGACAGAUGGACUUCAAUUUUUUCCGUCACCAUUUUUAAAAAUCGGUCAACGAUGGAAAAUAUUCGGUUAACGCGACCCCUGCAUGACACUAUCAUGGGCAUUAAUCAAUGCUUAUGACAGAUGUCAUUAAGUGUCAUCUGGCAAAUUAUAUUGCUAACUCCAUUUAUGUGCAGCUUGGAUCUUUUACAUCCAUUCAAAAGUGGGAUAAUUUGGACAACAACAGUGUUGACUGCAGGUGGCAGCAGAGGUUGACUGUCUCCUCCAAGGGAGCAGUGAUGGCCAAAUGAAGCUUCUUGAAGCGAUGAAGCUUUGCAACCAAUUGAUUCAAAGCUUCAUGGUGGUUCAUUUGGUCUUAUUCCAGUCGCAUGAUGCCGCUGUCAAAUAAAGUUGUAGCGGUUAAUAUUUUUUGGUUUAAAUAUCCCAUAAUACAGUGAGGACAGGUGUGGCUUAUAGUCCAGUGUGGCUUAUCUAUGAACAAAUGCCAUUUUCGUGUCGUGUUGGGUGGCGGCUUAUAGUUAGGUGCACCAUAUAGUGCGAAAAUUACAGUAAUCAUUUCUAUCGGCAUUUUAGCUUUAUAAUGUAAAAUAAAAAUAUGUUAAUCAUGGUAAAUAUAUUUUUGAAUGUAUUUGUUCUUGUACAAAUAACAUAAGUGGUUAUAUAAAAGUUAAAUUAGAUAAAAUCUGUAUUUUUUUAUAAACAAGGUAGUUUAUGGCUGAAGCACAAACAGUUAAAGGUUUUUUGUUUGCUCAAUUUUAAAACUAAUAUACUACAGAAAUAAAACAACAUGACUUGUAUUAAAAUGAAUAAAAUGGCAUUUGUAAUUUAAAUGCUGCAGGAUUUUCUCAAAUAUUUAAUGGCUGAGCUUCACAAUCAUGAGGCAAAAGUGCUGUCCACAGACAAAUCAUUUGUUAAAAAAAAAAAAAAAAAAAAAAAGACAAAAAUAAAAACAAAGUAAUAAUAAAAAUUAUAAAUUACUUGGAGCCAGUCUGACCUCUCGUGGUUUGACGGCAAAACUGCAGUUCCUGGUCCAGCCACUUCCAUUGUAUUUAUGUAGUAACGAAAUGAUUUGAUAUAAAGAAAACAAACACAAUUAUAUAAUGAAAGGCAAUAGUAUAUGAUGAAUAAAUGAAAAGUGUCUAAAAGUAGAAUUCUACCUCAUGGCCAGCAGAGGGAGGCACCUGUCCCGGGGAAAAACAAAACAAAACUUUAUUUGUUCUACAAUUAAGAAUAUUCGAUCCAUUUUUGUUUACAGGGUCGAGCCAUGUACCAGAUUGGUAGCUGCAUAUUUCAAUAGUGCCAGGUAACCGCUGAGGCAAGGCGAAAUGUUAAUUUCUUUCCUAGGGUGGAAGCAACUCAUGGAAGAUGUUCAAGUGCAUCAUCAGUCCUGGUUCAGCCAAGGGCAUAUGUUUGCAUAAGGACGGUAGGCACAUAACACUACCAACUCUUCAGGAUGCACAAAUUGUCCCCAUCAACUUUAAAGCAACCUUAUUUGCAUUAUAUAAUGACUUCAGGAGAACAGGUAACUUAGAUUGUCUUCCUCUCUUGUAAGGAUAGAAUUGACCCUUCCAUUACCCCCCCCCCCCCCCCCCCACACACACACAC